AUGGCGGAGUUGGUGCAGGGACAGGCCUCCGUUGCUCAGUCCGGAAUGAAAGCUGACGGCUUCGCCGACGCUUUACAUCGGUCUCGACAGGUAAUAAGAGUAGAGGAACUCGCAAAGGAAUCGACUGAGUUUGGACUAGGCCUUUUAAACGACGAUAAAGUACAUAUUUUAACCCGCCCAUCUCUGCAGCUUGUGCUAUGCGCUCAUGAAAAACACUAGCCAGCAUUCUAUGAUAGUUGACAACCACAAUAGUUUCGAGUUCGCUAUGCGUACUCGUACUUGUUCAUUUUGGCUGCAACAGGUCACGACUGGAAACUAUGUUUUUAUGUAGUUUACCGUGUUGUUACCACGAAGUCUUCAAGUUAAUUUAUGUUAAGCUAGCUACAGUAGCUACCUACGUUUUCCACACGUGUCCAUAUGCAAUUUGUUGUUCAGUCACUGAAGUUCUGUGGUUGAACUGUGUGGCCUUGCUCUCAAACCCAUAACAAUCAGUGACAAGUAGGCAAAGAUUCCAAACCCACCCGUUUUUAAACAGAUCGUUAUCCAUCUUGUUUCCCAGUUGUGAACAUCAUUGAGCUAAUUGCCCCCCCCAUAAAAGUUUGCAAGUAGGCUCCAUUAUGUAACUGGCAAGCACCAUAUUAUGCGCUGUGGGGUGUGUCUAGUUAGGAAACCCGAUUAAGGAGCAGGUAAGGGUAGAUUCAUUUGUCACUAGUAUUAGGGUGUUAGACUCCAGACCUAAAUUGAACCAGGUUGUCUCAGUCGCGAACCAAUAUUCGCAUCGCCAAAAUACAAUAUGGAAAACUAUUUGUCAUGCUAUAUUUAUAGUAAAUGUACCAAUUAUAUGACAAAGGAACAACAUUCCCACCUCUUUCACUGUCAGUAAUUACAUUUUGCCCAUAUUCUUGAGGAAUGUUAAUAAACGCACUGGUUUGAGACCAAAAUCAACCAAAAAUAGCUCUAUAUUGAAAAUACUGUGAUUGAACAAAAAUUCUUCAGAGAUUAAAUGAUACAAAAAUGUAAGUUCAUUAUAAUUUCUACACACUUUCAAUAUGGUUUAAAAAGUUUAACUUCAGACUGGAGUAUUUUUUUCAUAAAAAAAGAAGAUAUAUUUCUUACUCAGACACCAGCAACCCAUUCAAAACAUUGUUUUAGAGGACAAAAUGAAACUGUGGUUCUGGUGUUAUACUUUGUAUUCCAUGUUAUAGAGAAGCUUCCCAGGAACACAGGAUUGGAUUUAUUUUCAAUUAAUCGGAAAAGGUCAAAAUAGGUCGCGGACAGGUCAGUGUUAAUCCCUAGUCAAUAAAGCACCAAAUCAUUCUUAAAUUCAACACUUUUUGUCCAAUAACUCAAGAUAUCUCAAGAUAGGGUGGUCAUAUUGUUAUGAAAUUGCUGUAGAACACAGAGAUGAUUCCUCCCCAAAAAGCGAUUCAAAUGCUAUAUUAUGCAAAAGAGGCACUUAAGAUAGGGUGCCUGCUAAUUAGGCAGUACGGAAUACAUCAUUUCAGUAAUUAAAGGCCAAUAAUUUAAAGUAGGGUGGUCAUAUUAACAAAUCUUCGUGCUCUAUGCAAAACUGAGAGUUUGUAACAAUUUGAAACAAUUUAUGAAAUUAGAAUACAACUUUGUAUACUACUUUAUGCAAAUUAGAUACAUAUUAUGCUAAUUAGUCUGUACGGAAUGAAAUUAAAUCUUGCCGUUUUAUGCAGAACUGGGAGUUUACACUGAGGAGUAAGGUGCAGCCCAUGCGCGCGCACACACACACCAGGGGUGGUAACGGAGUACAUAUAAUUGAGAUUACAUAAUCAUGAACAAAAAACAGGGUUACUAUUUACCAAUUAGUAACUGUUAGGCUGUAUAUAUAUCACAGUUAUGUUUGUUGUAUUCAGUAGGCCAACUGAUUAGGCCUAGAGUGCCAAAUAAUACGCCCAACCCUGUGCCUGUGCCACCUACACGCACACACACAUAUAGUCUAACACACACACACUUCUCAGCAUCCCCACACACUCUCACUGCACCCACCAACACAAACACCACAUCACACAUAGUCUGUGUUAGGCUAGUACAGACACACUUCUCACUAAGUCUGAACUGUAACACAGAAGGCUACUAGUCUAAUAACAUAGCUUAGUUACAAGGAAGGCCUACACUUGAGUUGGGUUACAAAAUGUUAUUUUUGGUGUUGAUGCGUUACGCUGGUGAUGGGAGGAUAAACUCCACUGUUUCCAGCAAAUAAUUAGCCUCGCAGUUGGUGAGCUGCCUGCGAGCCAGCUGCACAGAAAGAUAGUUAGGACACAUUUUCAAUACACUGGUAUUUAGCUAUGUUUUUAUCGAUUGUGGGGCUGUAGCCACUGAGUUAUUGUAGUUUUUACUUGAAAUAAUAAAACCAUCAAUCACAAAAAUCGCUGUUGGCACAAUACAGCCACAAUGGCACAAUACAGCCUCUCGCCCGGCUCAUUGCCUCAGUGAACAGUGUCAGGCUCUCCCACACAGCUAGCAAGCUAGCACUCGUCAUGGAAAUGGGGGUGGCGAAUGGUGAAUUUGGACCAAUCCCUGACAACCCAUACAUGAAAACGUAGCUACGAAGCUCUACUUUGUAACCUGCUAUGUUUUUUCCAUGUCUCUGAGAACAUCUGAAUGACCGAAACGAAGGAAACACGUUUUACCUUAUACACUGCUCAAAAAAAUUAAGGGAACACUAAAAUAACAUAUCCUAGAUCUGAAUGAAUGAAAUAAUCUUAUUAAAUACUUUUUUCUUUACAUAGUUGAAUGUGCUGACAACAAAAUCACACAAAAAUUAUCAAUGGAAAUCAAAUGUAUCAACCCAUGGAGGUCUGGAUUUGGAGUCACACUCAAAAUUAAAGUGGAAAACCACACUACAGGCUGAUCCAACUUUGAUGUAAUGUCCUUAAAACAAGUCAAAAUGAGGCUCAGUAGUGUGUGUGGCCUCCACGUGCCUGUAUGACCUCCCUACAACGCCUGGGCAUGCUCCUGAUGAGGUGGCGGAUAGUCUCCUGAGGGAUCUCCUCCCAGACCUGGACUAAAGCAUCCGCCAACUCCUGAACAGUCUGUGGUGCAACGUGGCGUUGGUGGAUGGAGCGAGACAUGAUGUCCCAGAUGUGCUCAAUUGGAUUCAGGUCUGGGGAACGGGCGGACCAGUCCAUAGCAUCAAUGCCUUCCUCUUGCAGGAACUGCUGACACACUCCAGCCACAUGAGGUCUAGCAUUGUCUUGCAUUAGGAGGAACCCAGGGCCAACCGCACCAGCAUAUGGUCUCACAAGGGGUCUGAGGAUCUCAUCUCGGUACCUAAUGGCAGUCAGGCUACCUCUGGCGAGCACAUGGAGGGCUGUGUGGCCCCCCAAAGAAAUGCCACCCCACACCAUGACUGACCCACCGCCAAACUGGUCAUGCUGGAGGAUGUUGCAGGCAGCAGAACGUUCUCCACGGCGUCUCCAGACUCUGUCACGUCUGUCACAUGUGCUCAGUGUGAACCUGCUUUCAUCUGUGAAGAGCACAAGGCGCCAGUGGCGAAUUUGCCAAUCUUGGUGUUCUCUGGCAAAUGCCAAACGUCCUGCACGGUGUUGGGCUGUAAGCACAACCCCCACCUGUGGACGUCGGGCCCUCAUACCACCCUCAUGGAGUCUGUUUCUGACUGUUUGAGCAGACACAUGCACAUUUGUGGCCUGCUGGAGGUCAUUUUGCAGGGCUCUGGCAGUGCUCCUCCUGCUCCUCCUUGCACAAAGGCGGAGGUAGCGGUCCUGCUGCUGGGUUGUUGCCCUCCUACGGCCUCCUCCACGUCUCCUGAUGUACUGGCCUGUCUCCUGGUAGCGCCUCCAUGCUCUGGACACUACGCUGACAGACACAGCAAACCUUCUUGCCACAGCUCGCAUUGAUGUGCCAUCCUGGAUGAGCUGGGUUGUAGACUCCGUCUCAUGCUACCACUAGAGUGAAAGCACCGCCAGCAUUCAAAAGUGACCAAAACAUCAGCCAGGAAGCAUAGGAACUGAGAAGUGGUCUGUGGUCACCACCUGCAGAACCACUCCUUUAUUGGGGGUGUCUUGCUAAUUGCCUAUAAUUUCCACCUGUUGUCUAUUCCAUUUGCACAACAGCAUGUGAAAUGUAUUGUCAAUCAGUGUUGCUUCCUAAGUGGACAGUUUGAUUUCACAGAAGUGUGAUUGACUUGGAGUUACAUUGUGUUGUUUAAGUGUUCCCUUUAUUUUUUUGAGCAGUGUAUUUCAGUCCAAGGACGUCUGAUGACCGUAAAACACCCUCAGGACUUUCCAAUACUUGUUGGCAAUACAAUGUCACAUGGAUUUUAGAAUACCAUACGCAAAGAGCAAAUAUGAACACACCGAUUUCACAGGUUUCAGAAAAAGGUCUGUCCCACAGAAUUGAACGUUCUAAGCAUGGCACUUGCUUUAAAUUUGGGCUCAUAUCGCAUAAAUAUCAUAACGUACAGUAUUGGGAUUUUUAGACAUGGUUAACAACUUCCACAUUCAUGUUUUCAAAUGACUUAUGUAUUUUGACGACAACAUUAUUGACAUUUAGUGAAAAUUGAUUUGAUUACUGCAGUUUUUUUUGUAGAAUUCUCGCAUAGCAUCCAUUGUUUGUCUCGUCACCUAACACCCUAGAACUAUGUUAUGUUUUUUUACUAGAUAAUAUAGCUAAUAUGCCUAUUAUUUGUGCUACAUAGAGGUUUGGGGUAAACUUAGAUAUUACAAUGCUCCCUCUCAUUCAAAAUAUACGUGGUUUGAUUGAUUGACCCCUCUAUUACAUUGUUUGACAGAAUGCUCAUCAACUAGCUCUUUGGCCCCAAAACUCAUGGAGAGAGGUGAUAACAAUUUGGUCUCUGAAAGAUUCAAAAUCAUCUCAAGUAUCGACAAUACGUUGUUUGGAAGGGGAAUGGUAGAACUGCAUGACUCCAUUGGCUACUCAAAGCUUGGAUGAUACAUGAUUAAAUCCUUUACACUUACAACGUCCCCAUGGCUUUUAAAGCUUUUGAGGGUGAAUAAGAGCAAUAGAAAACAAUUCUAUACAGUGUUGCACAGUUUUUUUGUGUUUUUUUUACUUUGUUGUCAUUUGAUUUCUCAAGGUUAGGCUAUUUGGUUUAGACAUUUCAGUUGCCGAUGAGUCAACCUUGUUGUGUUGUUCAGCAGAUAAAAGCCCUAGCUCUCAUGGUUACAAGUGCUUUUGACCAACAGAUAUUGCAUUUGCCUGACAUGUGGUCAUAUAGCCUGAUAAUGAACUAAAGGAUCCUUACAUUACUCCUUAUAGUCCAAGGACCUUACAUGUUCUGUUUAGAGGCUAAUUGGCUCUGGCAGUCAGACAAAUACUCCAUCUAAACAUGAAAUGUUUUAACCGGUUUUAACACGGUUGCAGCCGACAGUAUUUUUCAGCGACAAGACAUUUGUGUCGUCAGUCUUCCCUUUACACACAGGUGUUCUUGAGACGCAGAUGGCUAAUUAGCACAUGUACGCCUCUAUUUUCUGUCUGUUUUCCAUAAACAAGCACUGUAACAUGGACAUGUGGUUGUGUGGGAGCCCUAAUGAACGAUACGUUCCUUAUUUUUCCAAAACCGUACUGCAAGCAAUGUGUUUUAAAGUUCAGAACGAUAAUCGGGGCUCUUAUCAAUGCUUCCCCGGCCAGAAGAUACUAUCGUCAAUAGGCGCUAAAGGUAGGGUAUGAAUGGGUUAGUGGUCAUAGCGCUGGCAAUUUUGAAAAAUGUAGUGUUGUAAUAAGCUAUUUUUUGGUGAAAUGUUUCUCACAUUGUAACAACAAUGUAUAGAAAAUCUCUGAAGUAAUUAUUAGUAUUUUCCUCACAUUUCAGAUGGCAGGAACAAUGGGGAAUGAGCAGAUUCCUCACCUAAACAAUUCCCCCCCUAUUGUAGACCCCUCCAUGUAUGGCUACGGGGGCCAGAAGAGAUCGGUGGAAGACGGAGGUAAGCCAGUUGCUGUUAGCCAUUUAAUUAUUCUCUUGCCGGCGAUUACAGGGAUAGUUACCUGAGGUUUUCACAAUGUCUUAACCUUUCUACCUUGAAACGAGUCCAUGAACGAUUAUGUAUCAAAAUACAACACUGCCCCUUGCUCCUGGAGGAUGGUUGGCCACCCUUGGUAGCCUAUAAAAUAUAGCAACAUUACAAUUAGGCCGCUUAAGGGCGUCCUGUCGUCUCUUGGACGAUAAAAAAUAUGUCUACCGUUCAAAAUAGACUGGGACAGUUCUGGGACGACAGAUCCAAAAUUCAGACAACCAAUUAAAACAUUUAAAAAAGCAAUGAGGCUGAUGCAACAGAUCAGACAGUUUAGCUUAAAAUGUUGAUACAGUUUUAUUUCUUCAUAUUAUAAACUCAAAAAUGCACACAUGGCUGUAGGCUAUUAUAGGCCUACGCGCGAAUGUUCCAAAAUGCAAUUAGCGGGAAAACACCAUUCUCAACAGUACACUGCACAGGCAAGGGCUUUCAUGUGACAGAGAUGAAAAUCACCAUUAGAAACUUAGAAAGAAGGGGAAUCUAAUAGCAACAACUUGGAUGGGUUACUAAUAAGGCUAGGAGUAUGCAUUUGGCUGCUGGACAAUAAAAUAGCUUUGAUCUGAAAACCAAUAGAACAUGAGAAAAAUGCUGGUUUCAAUGGCAUAUUAAGUGUUUAUAAGAUAAUUCCCUCAAAAUGUCUAUGGCCGUAUGUUGGCUAGGCUACUUUGAAACAAGGUAAGACAUACUUCAUAAAAUGUCCAGGUUUUGAACAAUUAAGUUUAUGGUUAAAUACUUUCAAAAUGCUGACCACCUCCGCUCAAAUUCAAGGUGGGUGACAUGGUGACGUGCGGUGCGCAACAGGCACUGUCCUUCACUCUCCGGUCUUGUGACCAUUAGAUCUGAAUGAACCGUGCCUCGAGUAUGUCGAUAGAAUCAAGCCUUUAGGCGUUAAUGUUAAUUAGCCUAUCCUUCAUUAUAUUUGUCAAACAUGACUGGCGUUUCGCCUAUAAUUAUGUAAUUACAAGUCUCAUUAAAUGUUGGCUACAUUGUCUGGUGCCUCCCACAUGUCAGCAUCGAUUUGGACAUGAAGCUGUAGCCACUUUGACAUGUAGGAUUUUUUAUUUAUGUACAUGAAAAAUAGAUUUGAAUAUUAUUCCAUUGUUGGCCUCUCUGAUCCAAUUCUGAUGGGAGUAAUUGUUUGAUAUUGCGAUUCUUGUGUGAUAAAAAAUAAAUAAUAAUACUUGUCCAUUCAGACAACUUAAAUCUAUAUUCUUCUUGUCCAACUUUUUUUUUUUUUUUACUUGUCCCAGACAAGAGGAUAAGCGUUAAUGUCGAGCCCUGCCAAGUAUUCAUAGGCCUACUCGUUUUGCACAAAGCGGUGGAGGCCUACCUUGUACGGCUUGCUGAAGCCUGUACCUAAGUCUUGGAAGGUAAAAAAUAGUUUUAAAUGGGGUCAGUGAUAAUGUCGUGAAAUAGGUUUUUGGGUAAUGCUUAGAGUACCAACGCAAAUGAAUGGAAAGCAAUUGCCGCUAAAGGUAUGUUACAGCUUUUUAUUCUCUUCAUCACAAAUCCAUUCAUCCACAAUCUUAACUAAGCUUGGGACUAAGAUGAUAACACAGAGGCAACAGUUUAGAGACACUUUCAUCAAUUUAGAUCCCAAACACUCAGCGUUUUGACACUACUGAGCCGAGCCAAGCUGUACUGCGCUGGCCUCGUUCCGCAUGCACCAUCGUUGCUGUAACCAGGACAAUACCUGGACAAUGCCAAAAAGGACAAUGUGAAAAGAAAAUAUCAGAGCCAGCACAGUAUGGUUCAGGACUGCAUGACAGUGUGAAAAGGGUAUAAGAGUUGGCCAGUUCUCCUGCACUGGAUGCCCUAUCCUGCGGCGAGGGAGAAGCGAACAGUCUUAAAAAGCCAAGCUAAGGAAAAGGUGGAUUUGAGUGACAAAUGCCAUUGUUUGCUAUGAUGGCCAUAUCCCGCUGCUCCCCUAAGUCACUUCUUUUUAUUUGUCCAUUUUGGGGGCCUGCCAGGCUGAUCGUGGGAAGAUCCAUACUGAGUGGGAAGAUUAAAUACUGUUUAAAUGUGGUCCUACUGGAGCUGACUGUAGCCAAUGACACCCGACUGGAUUACUGUCCGUGUAUUGUCUGUCAGAGAGAGAAAAAAAUUAAAUCUUUGAAAUCCACAACUGCUUCAAUGGAAACUCUCCAUAAAGCUCUUAGGCCUAAGCCACCUUGCUUGUGAGCCACCUACUGUAAAAGUCCCCAUCAGCUAGGGAUAGCCUACUAAUAGUUUCACACUCUAUGUAAAAACAAAAUGUCUGUCCAAUUAGAAUGUAUUUUUGCCAAUUAAAAGAUAUACAAGAUAUUAGUUGCUUGUGAUUGCAGAUUUGUUAUUUAUUAUUAAUUUUAUUCAACAAAAGCUAAUUUAAGUUAGACUAUCGAAGCUCUGUUAUUUUAGACUUAGGCUAAUGGUUUUCAGGCUCAAACUCUGAAUUCAUCUUGAAUCUGGUAUAAAACUAUGGAGGUAUGCUUCAUAAUAUGAUGGAUUUGGUUGUAGUUGGCAGAAAGAUGUUCUUACAAGAUGGCUAUAACUCUGACUCCAUUGGUUCACACUGGCAUUCAGAAUAGUCAUCAUAAAGAGUAGCGGGGUUGUGUAACCUUUACUCAGCCUUACUGCAUUUCAGACAAGCCCCCUCUGCUUUUCCAGUUGUUUUCUGCCUGUUGUAUUAUUAUCUCUGGUCUGUAAAUUAUGAAAGAAUAGCCAGACUCUGUGCUGUCCCACCCUUCGUCCCCUGGCCCAUUUGGUUCUGGCCAGGGGGAGGCCUAAUAUGCUAUUAACUCAGCCUGCUCCUUACUUUUGUCAGUGAAGACACUGGGAGGGGGUUAGCUUAGCUAGCACACUCAACUUUAUACCUGCCAUAUGCUCAUCCCUUAGUGGGGUGGUGUACCGCACACAUGAACUAAGCUAUGCCCAUCCAGCUGUGUGUCUUGAUAUAGAAAAUAUUGACAGAUCCAUCUCAUUCCAUUUUCACCCUAUCUGCCCAGGCACUUAAAACCUGCAAUCAAAUCAAAUUGUAUUUGUCACAUGCUUCGUAAACAAAAGAUGUAGACUAACAAUGAAAUGCAAACUUACGGGCCCUUCCCAACAAUGCAGAGAGAGAGAAGAUUGAGAAAUAAUAGAAAAGUAAUAACGCGUAAUAAUAACAUUAAUAAUAAAUACAAAAUGAGUAACAAUAACUUGGCUAUAUACACGAUGUACCAGUACCAAGUCGAUGUGCAGGGGUGCGAGAUAAUUUAGGUAGAUAUGUACAUAUAACUAUGAAUAAUGUGACUAGGCAACAGGAUGGAUAAUAAACAGUAGCAGCAGCCUAUGUGAUGAGUCAAAAAAAAUGGUGCAAAAAGGGUCAGUGCAGAUAGUCCGGGCAGCUAUUUGCUUAAAUAUUUAACUAACUAUUUAGCGGUCUUAUGGCUUGGGGGUAGAAGCUGUUCAGGGUCCUUUCGGUUCCAGACAUGGUACAUCGGUGCCGUGUGGUAGCAGAGAGAAUGGUCUUGGGUGGCUGGAGUCAGUGACAAUUUUUAGGGCCUUCCUCUGACACCGCCUGGUUUAGAGGUCCUGGAUGACAGGUAGCUUGGCGCCAGUGAUGUACUGGGCCGUACGCACUAUCCUCUGUAGCGCCUUGUGGUCGGAUGCCAAACAGUUGCCAUAGUCAAGAUGCUCUCAAUGGUGCAACUUUUUAAGGAUCUGAGGGCCCAUACCAAAUAUUUUCAGUCUCCUGAGGGGGAAUAGGCGUUGUUGUGCCCUCUUCACGGCUGUCUUGGUGUGUUUGGACCAUGAUAGUUUGUUAGUGAUGUGGACACCAAGGAACUUGAAGCUCUUGACCCGCUUCACUACAGCCCCGUCGAUGUGAAUGGGGGCGUGCUCGGCCCUCCUUUUCCUGUAGUCCACGAUCAGCUCCUUUGUCUUGCUGAUGUUGAGGGAGAGGUUGUUGUCCUGGCACCACACUGCCAGGUCUCUGAUUUAGGGAUGGAACGAUUAUGGAAGUUUGGCUAACGAUAGUCAUAAUAGUCAUUUUUGUAGAUUUGUUUUGGGGGGACACCGUCGUGUCGUCAGCAAACUUAAUGAUGGUGUUGGAGUCGUGCACGGGGUCCUGUAUUGACACUUUGCCUGUUUGAUGCCUCGUCGGAGGUCCUAGCUGGAUUUCUUAUAAGCGUCCUGAUUAGUGUCCCACUCCUAGAAAGCUCAGUGCGGAUGUUGCCUGUAAUCCAUGUCUUCUGGUUGGGUUAUGUACGUACGGUCACUGUGGGGACGACAUCGUCGAUGCCCAUAGAAACGCAUUGAAUAACCGAUGGAAAAACAGAUGGUAAAAAAAAUGUCUAAAGGAAGUUUGUUUUGAAAAUGAGAGAUAUAUGUAAAAAAGACCAGGACAUUUUGGGGGACAUAUUUAACCCCCUUUUUUAGGCACUAAACUACUUCCAUAUAUACACUACAUGACCAAAAGUAUGUGGACACCUGCUCGUCGAACAUGUCAUUCCAAAAUCAUGGGCAUUAAUAUGGAGUUGACAUGGACCUGUUCGUGAGAGACUCACGUUUCGAUAGAGGGGUCAUAAUAGGUUGUAGGCCAAACCGUUCGGACACUACAGACGUUUUCGUGAGAUACCAAUUUUCAGGACAUCAUGGUCUGACAAACACCGCUGUAGCUCAGCCACCUUUCAUCGCAGAUGCAAAAGGAAGAUAUUGGCGUAUGCUGUGGAUUGUGACGCAGCCCAUGCAAAACUGAUAUCUCUAGCUUAAACAGACGGAAAUAGACUCAAGAGUUAAUGAAGCCGGUGACUGAUGUGGUAAACUCCUCAAUGCCAUCGGAUGAAUCCCGGAACAUAUUCCAGUCUGUGCUAGCGAAACGGACCUGUAGCUUAGCAUAGGAUAGAGUUAUGGUCAGAUUUGCUAAAUGGAGGGCGAGGGAGAGCUUUGUAUGCGUUUCUGUGUGUGGAGUAAAGGUGAUCUAGAGUUUUGUCUUCUCUAGUUGCUGGUAGAAAUGAGGUAAAACGGAAUUUCAGUUUCCCUGCAUUAAAAUCACUAGCCACUGGAUGAGCAUUUUCUUGUUUGCUUAUGGCCAGAUAGAGGUCAUUGAGUGCGGUCUGGUUGCCAACAUCAGUUUGUGGUGGUAAAUAGACUGCUAAGAAAAAUAUAGAUGAAAACUCUCUUGGUAAAUAGAACCUUAUCAUGGGGUACUCUAACUCAGGCGAGCAGAACCUUGAGACUUCCUUAAUAUUAGAGACACCAGCUGUUCUUAACAAAGAGACACACCUCUCCCCCCUAACAUUACCGGAUGCUGCCGUACGGUCUUGACGAUGCAUAAAAAGUAAUUGUACGUUUGCCAAUAGAACGGAGGGUAGAGGCAGAUUAUUUAUUUGCAGAUGUAGUUUCGUCAGGGUGCCCGCAGGGAUUAGGGCCUGGUCCGGGGUGAGCAGUAUGUCUUGCACCGCCGACUCGUUGAAGUAGAAACCAUCCUAAUCAAGGUUAGUGAUUGAUCGCUGUUCUGAUGUCCAGAAGCUCUUUUCGGUCAGGACACAAGGGCGGAAACAUUAUGUACAAAAAAAGCUACAAUAUGCAAUUUUUUGAGCGAGCCGACCAAAUUCACAUAGAAAUGUGAAUUAUAGAUACAUUACCAAAAGUAUGUGGACACCUGCUCGUCAAACAUCUCAUUCCAAAAUCAUGGACAUUAAUAUGGAGUUGGUCCCACCUUUGCUGCUAUAACAGCCUCCACACAUAUGGGUAGGCUUUCCACUAGAUGUUGGAACAUUGCUGCGGGGACUUGCUUUCAUUCAGCCACAAGAGCAUUAGUGAGGUCGGGCACUAAUGUUGAGCGAUUAGGCCUGGCUCGCAGUCGGCGUUCCAAUGCAUCCCAAAGGUGUUCAAUGGGGUUGAGGUCUGGGCUCUGUGCAGGCCACCGAUCUCGACAAACCAUUUCUGUAUGGACAUGGCAUUGUGGAUGGGGCCAUUGUCAUGCUGAAACUGGAAAGGGCCGUCCCCAAACUGUUGCCACAAAGUUGGAAGCACAGAAUAAUCUAGAUGUAUGUAGAUUGUAUGCUGUAGCGUUAAGAUUUCCCUUCACUGGAACUACGGGCCUAGCCCGAACCAUGAAAAACAGCCCCAGAUCAUUAUUCCUCCUCAACCAAACUUUACAGUUGGCACUAUGCAUUGGGGCAGGUAGCAUUCUCCUGGCAUCCGCCAAACUCAGAUUUGUCCGUUGGACUGCCAGAUGGUGAAGCUUGAGUCCAAUGACGGCGAGCUUUACACCACUCCAGCCGAAGCUUGGCAUUGCGCUUGGUGACCUUAGGCUUGUGUGCGGCUGCUCGGCAAUGGAAACCCAUUUAAUGACGCUCCCUAUGAACAGUUAUUGUGCUGACGUUGCUUCCAGAGGCAGUUUGGAACUCGGUAGUGAGUGUUGUAACCGAGGAUAGAUGAUUUUUACGCGCUACGUGCUUCAGCACUCUGUGGGCCCGUUCUGUAAGCUUGUGUGGCCUACCACUUUGCGGCUGAGAUGUUGUUGCUCCUAGACGUUUCCAUUUCACAAUAACAGCUCUUAUAGUUGACCGGGGCAGCUCUAGCAGGGCAGAAAUUUGACGAACUGACUUGUUGGAAAGGUGGCAUCCUAUGACGGUGCCACGUUGAAAGUCACUGAGCUCUUCAGUAAGGCCAUUCUACUGCCAAUGUUUUUUUUUAUGGAGAUUGCAUGGCUGGGUGCUCUAUUUUAUACACCUCAGCAACGGGUGUGGCUGAAAUAGCGGAAUCCACAAAUUUGAAGGGGUGUCCACAUACUUUUGUAAAUGACUAAAAAUGUAAAUGUAUAUAUCGUUAAUGUCAUUCUUCAUUGAAAGAAAGUCAAAGAAGCAAUAGAUCUGUUCUAUGUGUUCUCGUUUAGUUUUUGUGUCUUUUACUUUUGGUUUUGUACACCAGCUUCAAACAGCGAUUUCUUCAUAUUGCACCUUUAAGAUCAGCGCCAGAAAACACACAAAAUAGUAGAAUUGGUCUGCAGCCUGUAAAAUGGUAGCUAUCCAUUGCAGCGCCAUUCAGGCUCUUUGGCAUGGGUCCAGACAGUAAUUUUUCUUCUUUAUUACAUUUUGUAUUAAAAGAUUCUUAAGGAAAUAAGUUACCUCUACUAAUAUAUUUUUCUCUCUUCUCCUCUGCAUCUCCCUCUGGCUCUGGUCCUCUUCCCGGCUGGCUCUUGCCGCCUCCCCUCAUAGUAGGUAACCCGCUGGGCGCCAUGGUACAUCAAAGGUAAGCCUGUAGCCAGCACCAAUUUACCCGCUGUAUUGACAGACAGUAAAUACGUAUUGAUUGAGCAAUCUGUGGGAUGACUCCCUCUCCUCCACUUCAUUUUAGCUCACUAUCCAAUCCAAAGACACAACACUGGAUCCCCAGCGGGAUAGCGCUGAAGUACUUAGACCAGAUAAUGAUUUGUGGACAGCAUCACCGUUUUCUUUGCAAAUAUAGCGAAGUGUGAAGUAUUAUGUGUAUAGGUAACUGACAAAAUAAUAGGCCGUUGGGCCACCAUGAGCCAGAACAGUUUCAAUGCCCCUUGACAUAGAUUCUGCAACUCUAUUGGAGGGAUGCGACACAAAUCCUCCACAAGAAAUUCCAUCAUUUGGUGUUUUGUUGAUGCUGGUGGAAGACGCUGUCCCAGGCGCCGCUCCAGAAUCUCCCAUAAGUGGUCAAUUGGGUUGAGUUCUGGUGACUGAGACGGCUUACAUCGUUUUCAUGCUCAUCAAACCAUUCAGUGACCAUUCGUGCCCUGUGGAUGGGGGCAUUGUCAUCUUAUGGGAGAAUAGCUAUUGUUGCCAAAAUAAUUUCAAAAAUACUGGGAUGGGAUGUUAAUUGCUUAAUUAACUCAGUAACCACACCUGGCUAGAAGCAUCUGCUUUCAAUAUACUUUGCAUCCCUCAUUUACUCAAGCGUUUAAAUUAUUUUGUACGUUACCUGUAGUUCAUAUGUUCUAUCACAGUGAUGGAACAGCAGAUAAGUGUUAGACAUAGCCCUGUAGUGUAGGUGCACAACGUAAUAAUUUGUUGACUCACCUGCUGUAUCCGUCUACCCACCAGCCCCUGUGCUACUAUCCACAAACAUAUAUUACAUUUUCCUUUUUUAAUGUGUACAAAACAUUAAGAACACCUUAGUAAUAUUGAGUUGCACCCCCCCCCCCCUUUUGCCCUCAGAACAGCCUCAAUUCGUCAGGGCAUGGACUCUACAAGGUGUCGAAAGUAUUCCACAGGGAUGCUGACCGAUGUUGACUACAAUGCUUCCCACAAUUGUGUCAAGUUGGCUGGAUGUCCUUUGGGUGGUGGACCAUUCUUGAUACGCUUGGGAAACUGUUGAGCGUGAAAAACCCAGCAGCGUUGCAGUUCUUGACACAAACCGGUGCGCCUGCCACCUACUACCAUACCCCGUUCAAAGGCACUUAAAUAUUGUCUUGCCCAUUCACCCUCUAAAUGGCAGACAUACACAAUCCAUGUCUCAAUUGUCUCUAGGCUUAAAAAUAUUUCUUUAACCUGUCUCCUCCCCUUCAUCUACACUGAUUGAAGUGGGUUUAACAAGUGACAGUGGUCACUGACCUGGUCAGUAUAUGUCAUGGAAAGAGCAGGUGUUCUUAAUGUUUUGUACACUCAGUGUAUAACUUGUCUCUUUUCACCCCACCGUCUUGUAAUUUAGGGCUGUUAUGACAGAAGACUUUAAAGUGCCUGAUAGAAUGGUUGGAUUCAGUAAGUACAUGUUAUGGGAGGUACACUAUGUGGUUUGGGAUGUUUUCAUCCUUGGGUGCUUGAUUUUGAGUUAUGUUAAAGGAUGUAUUUAUUUUGUCAAAAUGACACAUUACCUGAACUAUUUUCUCCACUCCCAUCACACUCUCCACUCUUCCUUCUCCCGCUUAUUUUAGUCAUAGGCAGAGGAGGUGAACAAGUUACGAGAAUCCAGAUGGAGUCCGGGUGCAAGAUUCAAAUUGACUCUGGUAAGCAGUUCUAAAUAUGCAAAUCAAAUUCUAUUGGUCACAUACACAUAUUUAGCAGAUGUUAUUGCGGGUGUAGUGAAAUGCUUGUGUUCCUAGCUCCAACAGUGCAGUAGUAUCUAACAAUUCACAACAAUACACACAUCUAAAGUAAAAUAAUGGAAUUAAGAAAUCAUUUAUAUAAAUAUUAGGACGAGCAAUGUCGGAGUAGCAUUGACUAAAAUACUGUAAAAUAGAAUACAGUAUAUACAUAUGAAAUGAGUAAAGCAGUGUGUUCCAUUAUUAAAGUGGCCAGUGAUACUUCGGAAAGUAUUCAGACGCCUUGACUUUUUCCACAUUUUGUUACGUUACAGCCUUAUUCUAAAAUUGAUUAAAUCGUUUUUUCCCCUCUUCAAUCUACACACAAUACCCCAUAAUGACAAAGCAAAAACAGGUUUUUAGAAAUGUUUGCUAAUUAUUAUUAUUUUUUAAACCCGGAAAUAUGACAUUUACGUAAGUAUUCAGACCCUUUACUCAGUCCUUUGUUGAUGCACCUUUGGCAGCGAUUACAGCCUCGGGUGUUCUUGGGUAUGACGCUACAAGCUUGGCACACCUGUAUUUGGGGAGUUUCUCCCAUUCUUCACUGCAGACCCUCUCAAGCUCUGUCAGGUUGGAUGGGGAGCGUUGCUGCACAGCUAUUUUCAGGUCUCUCCAGAGAUGUUUGAUCAGGUUCCAAGUCCGGGCUCUGGCUGUGCCACUCAAGUACAUUCAGAGUCUUGACCCGAAGCCACUCCUGCGUUGUCUUGGCUGUGUGCUUAGAGUCGUUGUCCUGUUGGAAGGUGAACCUUCGCCCCAGUCUGAGGUCCUGAGCACUCUGGAGCAGGUUUUCAUCAAGGAUCUCUCUGUACUAGGUUUUCAUCAAGGAUCUCUCUGUACUUUGCUCCGUUCGUCUUUGCCUCGAUCCUGACUAGUCUCCCAGUCCCUGCCGCUGAAAUACAUCCCCACAGCAUGAUGCUGCCACCACCAUGCUUCAUCGUAGGGAUGGUGCCAGGAUUCCUCCAAAGUGACGCUUGGCAUUCAGGCCAAUUAAUUCAAAAUUGGUUUCAUCAGACCAGAGAAUCUUGUUUCUCAUGGUCUGAGAGUCUUUAGGUGCCUUUUGGCAAACUCCAAGCAGGCUGUCAUGUGCCUUUUACUGAGGAGUGGCCUCCGUCUGGCAACUCUACCAUAAAGGCCUGAUUGGUGGAGUGCUGCAGAGAUGGUUGUCCUUCUGGAAGGUUCUCCCAUCUCCACAGAGGAACUCUAGAGCUCUGUCAGAGUGACCAUCAGGUUCUUGGUCACCUCCCUGACCAAGGCCCUUUUCCCCCGAUUGCUCAGUUUGGCCGGGUGGCCAGCUCUAGGAAGAGUCUUGGCGGUUCCAAACAUCUUCCAUUUAAGAAUGAUGGAGGCCACUGUGUUCUUGGGGACCUUCAAUGCUGCAGAAAUGUUUUGGUACCCUUCCCGAGAUCUGUGCCUCGACACAAUCCUGUCUCGGAGCUCUACGGACAAUUCCUUCAACCUCAUGGCUUGGUUUUUGCUCUGACAUCCACUGUCAACUGUGGGGCCUUAUAUAGACAGAUGUGUGCCUUUCCAAAUCAUGUCCAAUCAAUUGAAUUUACCACGUGGACUCCAAUCAAGUUGUUGAAACAUCUCAAGGAUGAUUAAUGGAAACAGGAUGCACCUGAGCUCAAUUUCUAGUCUCAUAGCAAAGGGUCUGAAUACUUAUGUAAAUAAGGUAUUUCUGUAUUAAGUUUCUCAUAAAUUUGCAAAAUAAUCUAAAAACCUCUUUUUGUUUUGUCAUUAUGGGGUGUUGUGUGUAGAUUGCUGAGGAUUUAUUUAUUUAAUCCGUUUUAGAAUAAGGCUCUAACGUAACAAAAUGUGGAAAAAGUCAAAGGGUCUGAAUACUUUCCGAAGGCAGCAGCCUCUAAGGCAGGGGUGUCAAACUCAUUUUAGCUCAGGGGCCACAUGGAGGAAAAUCGAUUCCCAAGUGGGCCGGACCGGAAAAAUCAUGGUAUAUAUAACUUAAAAACAACAACUUCAGAUUGUUUUCUUUGUUUUAAUACGAUCAACAUACAACAUAAAGCUGGAGCCUGAGGACAGUGUGUCCAAAAUAGUACAAGCACAACAUCACUAUUAAUCAUAAAACAUGUCAAGUUUAUUUGAAAAUUCUAAAGAAAAAGAACACACAAACACACAAUGCCUCAGUGAUUAACAGAACUGUUUCACAGAUCACAGAACUAUAUCAGGGUGUCAUUUCUCAGGCGGAAAUGUAGAUAAAAAUAAUGAAAUCCUGUUCCCCAAACAAGUGCAAGAACCACAGAGUCAAGAAUAGGUUAAAUAUACAAAUAAAAUAAAAUCAAUUAAAAACAAUAGCACAUCAACAUAAAAACAUAUAAACAUAAAGCUGGAGCCUGAGGACAGUGUCCAAAAGCACAACAUCACUAUUAAUCAUAAAACACCUCAAGUUAUUUGAAAGUUCUGAGGACAAAGAACACACAAACACACAAUGCCUCAGUAAUUAACAGAACUGUUUCACAGAUCACAGAACUAUAUCAGGGUGUCAUUUCUCAGGCAGAAAUGUAGAUAAAAAUAAUGAAAUCCUGUUCCCCAAACAAGUGCAAGAACCACAGAGUCAAGAAUAGGUUAAAUAUACAAAUAAAAUAAAAUCAAUUAAAAACAAUAGCACAUCAACAUAAAAACAUAUGAACAUAAAUCUGAAAGCGUUGCUCAAACUCCCGUAACAGUCCCGUUAUUUUAUCUUUGAACCGCUUCAUGUCUGCCACAUGUUGGGUCGCGCACACAUUUUUCAGACAGGGGAAGUGAGCUGCAUCACCACCGGCAAGUUGCAUCUCCCACAAUGACAGCUUCAACUUGAAAGAACGUAUGCUGUCAUAAUACUGCGUGACAACUUUGUUGCGCCCUUGCAGCUGUUUGUUCAAGUUAUUCAGGUGCUCUGUAACAUCCACCAUAAAUGCAAGGUCCGGCAUCCAUUCUGCGGAAUGAAAUUCUAACACUGGUUUGCCCUUUUCUUCCAUGAACUGUUAAAUUUCUUCUCGUAAAUCAAAGAAACGCCUCAGCACAGCACCUCGGCUUAACCAUCUUACCUCAGUGUGGUAUGGCAGGCCAUAGAUGUGGUCUUUCUCUCUGAGAAGGCUGUCAAACUGACGGUGAUUCAGGCUUCUGGAUCGGAUGAAAUUAACAGUUUGGAUGACCACCUUCAUGACGUUAUCCAUCUUUAAUGACUUGCAACACAAAGCCUCCUGGUGCAAAAUACAGUGAAAAGUCAAAAAAUCACGUCCUCCAUUUGCAGAUUGCACUUUCUCUCUAAACUUUGUCACAACGCCUGCUUUUUUCCCGAUCAUUGAGGGCGCACCAUCUGUAGCCAGGCUGACAGCGCGGGACCAGUCCACUCCGACCCUGUCCAGCGCGCCGACGAGUGCGGUAAAAAUAUCAGCUGCUGUCGUUGUAUCUGUCAUCGGCACCAACUCCACGAACUCCUCGGUGACGGUCAAUGUGUCAUCAACUCCGCGGAUGAAAAAAUGGCCAGUUGUGCAACAUCUGUAAUGUCCGUGCUUUCAUCAAUUGCAACCGAAAACGCAAUAAAUGACUUUACUUUUUGCUUCAACUGGCUGUCCAAAUCCACUGAAAGAUCGGAAAUCCUGUCUGCAACUGUGUUUCUUGUCAGGCUGAUAUUUGCAAAAGCCUGCCGCUUUUCAGGGCACACAAUCUCCGCUGCCUUCAUCAUGCAUGUUUUUACAAAUUCACCCUCACUAAAUGGUUUUGAAGCCACUGCGAUUUCAUUAGCAAUGAGGUAGCUAGCUUUCACUGCAGCGUCACUGAUGUCUCGGCUGUGAGUAAACACAGACUGCUGUUUCUUCAGACCCGCCAACAGUUCAUUCACCUUCUCUCAUCUCCGCUGUCCUUGAAAGUUGUCAUAUUUGUCGGCAUGAAGACUCACAUAGUGGCGACGAAGGUUAUAUUCUUUCAGCACUGCAACAUGCUCUGAACACACCAAACAUACAGCUUUCCCAUUCAAUUCCGUGAUUAAAUAGGAUGACCAUUUUUCUUGGAACACUCUGCACUCUGCGUCCACUUUUCUCUUUUUUGACAGAGACAUAUUGGGGCAAUGAGGGUGCCAAAGCACAUAAUGUUAAAAGUAGAAGCCGUAAUAAAUAUUGCGGGCAAAACAAAGUAGCUCAUUGGCUGCACGUGCUUGACCUACUUGCUCUGCCCUGGUAUAAACAGUUUGCUUUCUUAACACAAUUGCUAUUGCGCCAUCCAGUGGACGCAAUUGGAACAGCAGUUUAUUUUAUUGAAAAAUUGCAGCGCAUUUUUAUACUUUACAAUAAAAAAAUAAAAAAAAUAAUCAUCUUGCGGGCCGGAUUAAACCCGUUUGCGAGCCUGAUCCGGCCCGCGGGCCGUACGUUUGACACCCCUGCUCUAAGGUAUAGAGUUGAGUAACCGAGUGGUAGCCAGCUAGUGAUGGCUAUUUAACAGUCUGAUGGCCUUGAGAUAGAAGCUGUUUUUCAGUCUCUCAGUCCCAGCUUUGAUUCACCUGUACUGACCUCGCCUUCUGGAUGGCUGUGGGUCGGGUGGUUGAUGUCCUUGAUGAUCUUUUUGGCCUUCCUGUAACAUCUGGUGCUGUAGGUGUCCUGGAGGGCAGGCAGACCGCACCACCCUCUGGAGAGCCCUGCGGUUGUGGAUGGCGGUGAUAUAGCCCAACAGGAUGCGCUCAAUUGAGCGACAGGAUGCGCUCAAAGGUUUUUGAGCGUCUUAGGGGCCAAGCCGACUUUCUUCACCACACUGUCUGUGUGGGUGGACCAUUUCAGAUUGUCAGUGAUGUGUACGCUGAGGAACUUGAAGCUUUUUACCUUCUCCACUGCGGUUGUGUCGUCUGCAAACUUGAUGAUUGAGUUGGAGGCGUGCGUUGCCACGCGAUCAUGGGUGAACAGGGAGUACAGGAGGGGGCUGAGCACGCACCCAUUGAGGGGCCCCUGUGUUGAGGAUCAGCGAAGUGGAGGUGUUGUUUCCUACCUUCAUCACCUGGGGGGUGGCCCGUCAGGAAGUCCAGGACCCAGUUGCACAGGGCGGGGUUCAGACCCAGGGCCCCAAGCUUAAUGAUGAGCUUGGAGGGUACUAUGGUGUUGAAUGCUGAGCUAUAGUCAAUGGGGAUAGGGCAGUGUGCGAUGGCAUUGUCUGUGGCUCUAUUGGGGCGGUAUGCAAAUUGAAGUGGGUCUUGGGUGUCAGGUAAGGUAGAGGGGAUAUGGUCCUUAACUAGCCUCUCAAAGCACUUCAUGAUGACAGAAGUGAGUGCUACGGGGCGAUAGUCAUUGAGUUCAUUUACCUUUGCUUUCUGGGGUACAGGAAAAAUGGCACACAUCUUGAAGCAAGUGGGGACAGCAGACUGGGAUAGGGAGAGAUUGAAUAUAUCAGUAAACACUCCAGCCAGCUGGUCUGCGUAUGUUCUGAGGACUUGGCUUUCGAUGCCGUCUGGGCUGGCAGCCUUGCGAGGGUUAACACGCUUAAAUAUCUUACUCACGUCGGCUACGGAGAACGAGAGGCCACAGUCCUUGGGAGCGGGCCGCGUCCAUGGCACUGUUUUCCGCAAUGCUGGCGAAGAAGGUGUUUAGCUUGUCCGGGAGCAAGACGUCGGUGUCUGCAACGUGGCUGGUUUUCCCUUUGUAAUCCGUGAUUGUCUGUAGACUCUGCCACAUACGUCUUGUGUCUGAGCCGUUGAAUUGCGACUCCACUUUGUCUCUGUAAUGACGUUUUACCUGUUUGAUUGCCUUAUGGAGGGAAUAACUACACUGUUUGUGUUCGACAAUAUUCCCAGUCACCUGCCAUGGUUAAAUGCGGUGGUUCGUGCUUUCAGUUUUGCACGAAUGCUGCCGUCUUUCCACGGUUUCUAGUUUGGGUAGGUUUUAAUAGUCACAGUGGGAACAACAUCGCCUAUACACUUCCUGAUGAACUCAAUCACUGUGUCCAUGUUUACGUCAAUGUUAGUCUCAGAGGCUAACCGGAACAUAUCCCAGUCCGCGUGAUCAAAACAUUCUUCAAGCAUGAAUUCCGAUUUGUCAGACCAGCGUUGAAUAGACCUUAGCACAGGUACCUCUUGUUUGAGCUUCUGCCUAUAGGAAGGGAGGAGCAAAAUGUAGUCGUGAUCUGAUUUAUUGAAGGGAGAGGGGGAGGGCCUUGUUGGCAUCCCGGAAGGGGGAGUAGCAGUGAUUGAACGUUUUAGCAGCGCGAGUACUACAGUCAAUGUGUUGAUAGAACUUUGGUAGCGUUUUCCUCUAAUUUGCUUUGUUAAAAUCCCCAGCUACAAUAAAUGCGGCCUCAGGAUAUGUGGUUUCCAGUUUGCCAAAAAUCCUGUGUAGCUCCUUGAGGGCCGUCGUGGUAUCGGCUUGAGAGGGAAUAUACACAGCUGUGACUAUAACCGAAGAGAAUUCUCUUGGGAGGUAAUACGGUCGCCAUUUGAUUGUGAGGUAUUCUAGUCGGGUUAACAAAAGGACUUGAGUUUCUGUAUGUUAUCACAAUCACAUCAUGAAUAGUUAAUCAUGAAACAUGCACCACCGCCUUUCUUCUUCCCGGAGAGUAUUCCUGUCUGCGCGAUGUACUGAGAAUCCAGCUGGCUGUAUGGACGGGGACAGUAUAUCCUGAGAGAGCCAUGAUUCCGUGAAACAGAGUAUGUUACAGUCCCUGAUGUCACUCUGGAAGGAGAUCCUCGCCCUGAGCUCGUCUACUUUAUUGUCCAGAGACUGAACAUUAGCGAGUAAUAUACUCGGAAGUGGUGGAUGGUGUGCACGCCUCCUGAGUCAGACUAGAAGUCCACUCUGAAUACCUCUUCUCCGCUGGCAGAGUGUUGGAGCAGCCUCUGGGAUAAGGAUCCAAUUAGGGAAAGUCGUAUUCCUGGUCGUAAUGCUGGUGAGUUAACGCCGCUCUGAUAUCCAAAAGUUAUUUCCGGCUGUAUGUAGUAACACGAAAAACGUUCUGGGCUAAUAAUGUAAGAAAUAACACACAAAAAACAAAAUACUGCAAAGUUGCUUAGGAGCUAGAUGCAGAGCUGCCAUGUUUGUCGGCGCAAUCACACAGCACGUCCCUUAAUGUCUGUGACUACACACACUUCCCAACCCUUCCUGUCCUUAUCAUGUUAAAUAAUAACCAAUAUCAGAUUGCUUUUAAUUUUAUAUCUCAGCAACAUACAGUAGGAGAGUUGUCUGCUAGCUAGGGCUGUCAGCAAUGAGGUGAUGCUGCAAAAUGCAUUAUCAUUACAGUUUUUGUUCUGUACUGAAAGGGUUCUAUCUUGACAACUUGACUCCUUUAACUGCAUGCCAGCGGUUCUUUCUCAUUGUAGAGAGUGGCAGUGUGAUGGACAGAGCCUGCUCCCUUACUGGAACCCCAGAGAGCAUUGAGUGAGUUCCUAUAUUGAGACGUUGAAUGUGACAGAAAUUCUAUAUACUCAGUAGCAGUAAAGUAUCGUCGACAAUCCUUUGUCAUUUUGAAAAUAAUAAUAUGUUUCCGUCUUGAGUGGACCCUAUUGCAUUUGAUGGCCCAACAUAGUCCUCAAUAAGGAUAGUCCCCUUAUUGAUGGUCUAUAGAUGCUCACACACAGUAUUAACUGCAACACAUUUAUUUAACUGUUACUCCACAAUAUUACAGUAAUUGACAAUACAUAAUACAUUUUAAAAACCACAUUGUGGACCAAUCAUAAAGUUUUGAGACACUGUAGGCAGUCAUAGUAGGCAAUCAUAGUACAGUAUGUAAUUGGUAUUGGCUAUAAUACAUCACAUCAUCUAUACAUCAUUGAUAUGCAACUGUUUGCUUUCCACCAGGCAGGCCAAGAGAAUGCUUGGGCAGAUAGUGGACCGCUAUCGAAACGGCCCUGGGUUCCACAGCGAGGCUGAGGACAACAGCUCAGUCCAGGAGAUGCUCAUCCCAGCCAGCAAAGUGGGCCUGGUCAUCGGGAGGGGAGGGGACACCAUCAAGCAACUGCAG